GUUGCCCAGUUGUGAUAAACAGACGUCAGAAGGGAGUUUUCACCGAGUCAAAACAAAACCAAGUCAAACCAAAAGAAAAGCUACUAGGAGUAGAAAAAGUGCAGCUGGAAUUUGGAUAAAGUGUGAUUUCACUAUCGUAACGUUAUACUGGAUGUGCUGCUUCUGUAUUUGUGCUUCUGAGGAGGUAAAAGUCGGGGGAGAUCCAAGAACGAAGUAAACUGAAGCUGGUCGCGGCUUUAACUCGAGGAGAAGGUGCUAGUGAGGUCGCCAAAGAGAGUGAGCGAGGGAACGAGCGAGCAAAGCGUGCGCGUGAGAGAGCGAGCGACAGGGGGGCUUUGGGAAGCGCGGGGCGCCGAGCGCUCUUGGGACAUGGCAUACAGGAGCACGCGCCAGCCCGAAAACUUGAAAACAACGACAAGUUAUAUUAGCCACUUUGUGGCAAAAAGCGGCAACCACCUGUAAAGAUUGCGUUUACGCAAUAACGGAAUAGUCUCGCCCUUGCCCGGACUUGAUAAAACGUCUUGCGUAUAUAUUUGUGUACAUAUAAGAAAACGUGUGGCGAACACUGAGAAGCUGAAAGGCACAAACGUGUGUAUAUUACUUGACAUACGAUUUGGUUGUUCUCAGUAAAUACUCGGUUUUCUUCUGGAUUCUAGUCAGUAACGAAAAAAAAACGAAAUCAUACGAGUUGGAUGGAUACAACUAAUGACAGCGAACUGGAUCCUCCUUACGUCUGUUGGUCUACUAGCUUACCUGUGUUAAAACGCACCUGACCCCGUUGUGAUUGACUUCUUAAUGCUACCUUUGGAUGAGCAGAUUUUAUAAAGCCGGACAAAGUUUCGCCACAGUUUUGACGUUUCAUCUAUUGGAUUCGCUUUGUUUAUAAUGCAGUAGGAAACACCUUUACAGACGUCUGCCUCUUUGUGACACUGACCGAGUAAUCCCAUUUUUCAGAAGACAUCAGAGUAUUCUUAAUUUUUGUAACAAAAAAGCAUUUUGUCAUUAAGUCAAUAAAAAAUAUGGAGAACGAACAGAUUCCAACAGUGGAAAUUGACCCAGAUUUUCAGCCUCAAAGUCGGCCUAGGUCAUGCACAUGGCCUCUGCCUAGACCAGACAUUUCUACUGUAAAACAAGAGGGGGUGGAGUCAGCAGUUAACACUCCUCCAACUGAAGAUGAGAAACCAGAGGUACUUCCAGUUAUUUCGGAACCAGAGAAUGGGAAUGCCCCAGAAGGAGAAAUUCUAUCUGGAGGAGCUGGUGCAGCUCAGAGAAAAGGCCCCUCACGUCGCAAUGCAUGGGGUAACCAGUCCUAUGCAGAUCUGAUUAGCCAGGCUAUUGAGAACUCGCCUGAGAAGAGACUUACACUUGCGCAGAUUUAUGACUGGAUGGUGAACACAGUUCCUUACUUUAAAGAUAAGGGAGACAGCAACAGUUCUGCAGGAUGGAAGAAUUCGAUUCGUCACAACCUUUCCUUGCAUAGCAAAUUUCUACGAGUGCACAAUGAGUCUACUGGGAAGAGUUCUUGGUGGAUGCUGAAUCCGGAGGGUGGCAAAAGUGGAAAAACUCCACGUCGUCGUGCAGCAUCAAUGGACAACAGCAGUAAGCUUCUGAAGAGCCGUGUGCGGGCAGCAAAAACAAAAAAACAGACCACAGCAACCAGUGGCAUUACACAAGAAGGACAAACUGGAAACACCGAAAAUCCCGGGAAUGGUUCUCAGCAACAGUUUCCUAAAUGGAAUGUCAACAACAGUAGCCCUUCCUCCCGGGGGAGCAUGGAGGAUCCAGACAUAUGGACUGCUUUCCGCCCACGUACUAGUUCUAAUGCUAGCACUUUAAGUGGAAGAUUGUCCCCUAUUGCUCCAGGCCAUGAGGAUGAAGAUAAUCUAGGUGAUGAUGACCUCCACACUACUUUAGCCACAUAUUCUGCUAGCAGUGUACCUCCUACACUAACUGAAACAUUAAUGGAGGAUCUGGAACUCAUUGAUAGCCUCAAUCUCAUAUCUUCUCAGCAGAAUAACAGCUCUAGUACGAGCUCUGUAAAUUCUUCAAGCUCUGUGUUACCUUCAGCUGCAGUGCUUUUGCAAAGGAGCUCUAGCUUUUCCUCAUACCCACAGCUCCAACAAAGCAAACCACAACUAGCACAGAACAAUAACAGUACUGGUGGUACAGCAGUUAGCAGUUUUGGAAAUUCUUUGUUUAGCCCACUAUCCAGUACAGCUGGUGCUAACAGAGUAGGAGGUCAUUUCAGUAGCAGUGUUGAUGGCACUCGGCUGCCAACAAGUUUAGAAACUCUUCUGACAUCUGACUCUCCACCCCCUAGUGAUGUCAUGAUGUCGCAAGUGGACCCCAUAAUGCCAAGCCCAAGUAGUACCAGCCUUCAUAUCUUAAGUAGCCAGCUUAAUCAAGGCAAAUUGACAGGGCAGACAAUAUUGGGUAAAAAUCAGGAACAAAAUUCCUCACUGAAUCUCACCCUUCAGCAGCAGCAGCGAACUCAUCUGCUUGGGAAUUCUGCCCAGGCUCUUAGAUUGGGGAUGUUGGUUCAAGGAGUAAACUCUGAUUCUUGUAACUUACCUGCACUGAAGCCACAGCUCCCUCAAGGGCCCAGUAGUCCUUCUGGGUUACUUGUAAGUGGUGUUCAGUCAUCUGUUGGUAGCAUCCCAGGAAUAAGCCAGUUUAGUGAAGCUGGCUGUUUUCUUCCUGGUCAUGACAAACUCCCCAAUGAUUUGGACAUAGAAAUGUUCACAGAGAACCUUGACUGUGAUGUGGACUACAUUAUUAACAGUGACCUCAUGGAUGGAGAUGGAAUGGAUUUCAACUUUGACCCUAUACUCACCACGAACCAGAACUUCUCAACUAGUUCUACUACUCCUAGCUCAUCACACUCCUGGGUGCCCAGCUAAUCUAUUUUUCUAUGUGUAUUUUCUUUGAGAUAUGUCCUUCGGUUCCAUGUUCCUUGCUGAAGACAUCAUAUAGUUGAAGACACUAAUGAAAGAACUUGCUACAUUGUCUCCAGAUUAAGAUCACUGUUAUUUUUAUUAGAGCUAUCAACUUCUCAAUUUUGGAUUCUUUUUUUUUAUAUCUUUUUUAAAAAGAACGUUUUUAUAGCUUACUUUCUGAUAUAUACACAGCUGACCUCAGUGUGCAAUGUGCCAAUAUUCAAGCUAACCUAAACCAUUUGAUUGAAUUCAUUUGUAUAACAUCAUGGGAUAAACUAAAAGCUCUGUCAGAUGCAUCAUCAAAGCUUGAAUUUUCUGAAUCAUGAGUGUUAAAUGCCAAUCACUACAGAAGAAUACCCAGUGUCUUGGUGUGCUAUUG